AAAUCCGAAAUAUCACAGAAUCGGAGAAGCAAUGAAAGAAAGAGGCAAAGCUGUGGAUGCAUUCAACAGCGACGUUGAAUACUACUGUUCAUCGGAUCUUCCAUGCAAGAAGCACCCUUAUUCAUCCUCAGUUGGGAUAUGUGCUUACUGUCUCAAGGAUCGGCUCAUCAAGCUGGUCUGCUCUGACUGUGGAGAGCAGCGCCUCUCUUCUUGCUCUUGCUCCGACAUGUCUUCAGUUCGCAAUUCAUGCUCUGUCGAGGUAGGUAGUGUUGGUCGAGUCUCAUUCCUGAUAGAGAAUGAAAAAGGUGAAAUUUCACAGUCACAUUCGAAGCCCAGAGACCAAGAGAAUUCUGGGGAAGUUGUGAUGCUCAAAAGGAGCAGCAGCAGCUGUGUUGAGAUUAAAAGAGGUGGGUUCUGGAAAAUUGGGAGGCUGUUUAGGAAGAAAAGAGGAAAAACUUGCGAUAGAUCGAGUGUUGGUGGGUGUGAUGAGAAAACUGAUUUGUGGUUGGUUGAUUACAUGGGUGUGUCUAGAUCAAGGUCUCUUUGCAGUUUCAGGGGUGGUGGGUGGUUUGGUUCAGAGGAUGGUGGGGAUUUGGUUGUCUCAGCUGCUAGGAGUUCCAUUUCUGCGGCCAGGAGUUCUGGUGUCAACGGGGGUCUGCUUUUAGAUUCUGCAAGAAGAAGCGGAUUUAGUGAAGCAGAGCCAAGAAAAAGUGGAUUUGAUGGGGAAAAGAAAGACGUUCUUUUGGAGCUUGAAAAAGGUGCUGAUUUCAAGAGCGUGAAGCGGGGUGGUGUUUUGGAGCCUGACGCUGGUUUUAAUGGAGCAAAUAGACGUGUUUUCUCACUCAAAGAGAGUGACUUCAGUUGUAUGGAUGAUUCGGGCUUUAUCGACUUGAAGCUUGAUUACUCAUCAGAAUCAAAGGCAGAUUUCUCUGCUGCAAAAAUGGCUGUGUUAUCAGGUCAUGACUCUGGUUUUGGCAGCAUGAGAGGUUGUAGUUUUGUGGCACAUGAAUGUGGAGGUUGUAGUUUGGAGAAUUUCAGAGGGGACGAGAGUUUCAGAAAUGGGGGUUCUUGUAGGAUUACAGUGAAUGAGAGAGAGAUGAGGAAGGGCAGGAAAAGUAUUAAAGGAUGGCGCUGGAUUUUCAAGCACCAUGCAAGGAAGAAGGACGAAGAUCUUAUGUUCAAAAGCUGAUAUAUGUUGAACUACAUAGAAAUAGGAGAGUGUCUUUUCUCUUUUUGUGCAGAUAAAUCUCAAAAUUGUUAUUCUGUUUUUUAUGUUUUCCCAUUUCUAGUCACUCGGCCCCUAAAAUCAAAAGAGGAGUCAGGAAAAAAAAAAAAAAUUAUAAGCUAGUGUCCUUUCCCCUUUGUACUUUAUUUUAAUUCAG